CAAAAAAUCAGUGAACUAACCAAGAAAAAAGAUGAAUUACAAACCCAAUUAGAUUUAGUUACUAAAAAUAAAGAGAAAUUAGCCCAAGAAUUAGCAAUAGAAAAAGGAUGUACAUCGGAACUUUUCGGAUGUACCUCGCCUUAUAGUAUCAGUGAUUUGAAUUUUUAUCCAAUGUUGAAUGCUCUAUCUUACAACUAA